AUGCCUAAACCUCAGCAGCAGAGUCGGGGCCUGGAGCUGGACCGUCUGGUCCGCCAGUCCCCCCUCCAAAUCUCCCGUACCCCGUCCCCUUCCUCACCCGGCUCCGUUCUGGACUUGCCCAACGUGCCAUCAUAUCCCCGUCUGCCCCCCAUUAGCCCAUCAUGCCAGCUCUCAGGCGUCUCCAACCCCACCUUUAAUGCUGAGGAUGAACUCACCUCCGCUAGACCUUCAGCUAGCUCCAGAUUGAGCAUUCACCCAGCUGUCAAUGUGGAAGAUAUGGACUCAGAUAGUGAACAGUGUGGGAAAACUUCCCACCACAUGCCCCAGAUCAUCACUCCACAAGACCCCAACCUCAAAACCCUAACCGUGCCCAGAUCAUCCAAACCUAGCAGAACCAGAAAGAAGCUGUACUCUUCAGGAGAUGAGGAAGAUGAAGAGCUGGAGUCAGCAGUUCGGGCCUGGCCAAGCCAAAGCAGCAUUACGAGUGCUGAUGACGCGCUGAAGGAGCGUCCGUCAUCAGCCGCCAGCCAGGCCAGCAUGAUGGUGAAUGAUCGUCUUCAAGAGCUGGUCAAACUGUUUAAAGAGAGGACAGAGCGCGCCAAGGAAAAACUCAUUGAUCCCGAUGACUUGGAUGAGGACACACCACCUGCCAUGCCACCUGGUGAAGCACCUCCUCCUGAACCUCCUCCUGAACCAGCACCUGCUGUUGAGAGUCAGCCUGCUCCUAUUGAGGAGGAAGUUGAACAGGAAGUGUAUAUCAAGCUACUGUGCUUCAAGGUGAAGCCUCAAUCCAGGAUCGGGCGCCUGAUUCAGUAUCACUUCCCAGCCAGCAUCGACCCGUUCACCAACCUGGGCUACGUCCUGUGGCUGUUUUUCGUCACUUUGGCCUGGAACUGGAAUGUAUGGAUGAUCCCGGUUCGCUGGGCUUUCCACUAUGAUGUCAAUGGCUCCCUUUACCUGUGGCUGAUAGCCGACUACCUGUGUGACGCCAUCUACAUUGUGGACAUCCUGCUCUUCCAGCCGCGCCUGCAGUUCAUCCGCGGUGGUGAUGUUGUUACCGACAAGAAGGAAAUGCGAGCCAAUUACAUGAAACAUCUGAGAUUUAAGCUGGACGUAGUCAGCCUUCUUCCCCUGGAGCUCUUCUAUCUCCUAGAUGGGGUCAACCCUCUCCUCCGCUGCCCACGGUUACUGAAGAUCUUGUCUUUCUUUGAGUUUAACGCGCGUCUGGAAGCCAUUUUGACCAAAGCCUAUGUCUACAGAGUCAUUCGCACCACCAGCUACCUUCUGUACUCCCUCCAUGUUAAUGCCUGUCUCUAUUACUGGAUGUCGACCCUACGAGGCCUCGGAGCUACCCCCUGGGUAUACAACGGCCAGGGCAAUGCAUAUAUCCGGUGUUUAUACUUUGCAGUAAAGACUCUGAUCACGAUCGGUGGACUGCCAGACCCAACCGCACUCGAGGAAUAUAUUUUUCAGCUCAUCAACUAUUUUAUUGGUGUAUUUGCCUUCUCCAUCAUGAUUGGACAGAUGAGAGAUGUGGUAGGCGCUGCAACAGCUGAUCAGACACACUACCGCUCGUGCAUGGACAGCACGGUGAAGUACAUGGGCUCUAACCGCAUCCCCAAGGAUGUCCAGAACCGGGUCAAAACCUGGUACAACUACACGUGGCAGUCUCAGGGCAUGCUGGAUGAAGAGGAGUUGCUUGUACAGUUGCCAGACAAGAUGAGGCUUGAUAUCGCAGUGGAUGUGAAUUACUCAAUUGUUAGCAAAGUGCCACUGUUUGAGGGCUGUGACAGGCAGAUGAUUUUUGACAUGCUGAAAAAGCUCAGAUCAGUCGUAUACCUUCCAGGAGACUACGUCUGCAAAAAGGAUGAAGUAGGUCGAGAGAUGUACAUCAUAAAGUCAGGAGCGGUUCAGGUGGUUGGUGGUCCAGACGGAAAAACAAUAUUUGUGACGCUGAAAGACGGAUCUGUGUUUGGUGAAAUCAGCUUGUUAGCGGUGGGAGGCGGAAACCGGCGAACCGCCAACGUCAUAGCGCACGGCUUUGCUAAUCUCUUCAUCUUGGACAAGAAGGACCUCAACGAAAUCCUUGUGCACUAUCCUGAGUCCCAGAGACUGCUACGCAAGAAAGCAAAGAAGAUGCUGGCAGAUAAGAAGCCGGAGAAAAAGAAAGAGGAGGAGAAGGAGCCAGUGCAGGUGAUUCCCAGGCGGAAAGAAACCCCUAAACUGUUAAAGGCCGCACUGGAAAUGACAGAGAAAUCGGGCAUGCAAGGCACAUUGGCCAAGCUGAAGGGAAAAAGGAAUAACAAGUCCUGUGUUUCAUCGCAGCCAUCCAUCUGUUCCUCGGUACUACCUGGCUCUCCAAUCGAAAGGCAGCACUCGGAGCAAAAUGCCGAUGUUCUCUCUCAGAUCUCAGACGCUACACAAGGACCUCCCAUCAGCCCGUCCGGCCUCCAAGACGAAAGCCACUCAGUGGGGGAAGGACCAUCGCUAAACGAGAGGACAAUAGUGGGGAAGGACAAGACGGAUGAGUAGACGAGUAACCCGGAAGCAUAUAAGGUGAUGAGGUAGCAAGGAGAUGAAAGAUCAGCUGGGUCAUUUUCCAUCUUCAUCUUCAUUUUCCUGUCAAGAGAAAGUCUGGAUGGAUUAAUAUACUGUUUUAAGACCUGCAAAGGUCAGCUCUCAUUGAGAAAAAAAACACUUUGUUGAUCUAUAUUUAACUGCUUGAGAUGAUUUAGGUAACAGGUACUGUAUAAACACGAAAUAUGAUCUGUAUUGUGUCCAUAUUGCUUUGAUUUAAGAAAGGGAUCACAAUCCCAAUUAGCUUAUAAAUAAGGCCCUGGUUGGAGUUUUUCAGAAUUUUCAGGCAUGUGAGUACCAAAACACAUAUUUUCCUUUUGGUGUUCUUUCAUAAUAUAGUAUAUUAUUAUUUAUUCUAUCCACAUUCACUGGAUAUGAGCAAUCAUGUGCUUUGAUUGGCUACUCUACUACUAGGCUAUGAGCUCAUAUACCAUGAAUAGAGAAAAGCAAAAUGGCGGCGCGUGUUGCUGAACCAACUGAGGACAAAAGAAAAACUCUACGUGAAAACAAAACCCCAAAAAUACAAAAAAAAAAAAAAAACAACGAAAUAUGGAAUUAAAGUAUUUGAUGGUAAGAACAUAUCUUUUUUAUUCUCCAAGAAUUAUUUUUAUAACAUUUUCCACAAAUGGGCGGCACGGUGGUGUAGUGGUUAGCGCUGUCGCCUCAC